AUGGGGUACGCCAUCCGUAUAACCACACGCGCAGCAGAAGAAGUGAGCGGCGCAGACAAACCGCCAGGGAUCGUCGCCGCCAAAGCAUCCAGAGCUAAAGUCGGACUCAGAUCGGAAUCGGGCGAGGGUGAACUCCGGGCUCAACCCAAGAGUGGGAAGAUGGUUCCUCAGGGGGGUGGCCGGGCUUUGGAAGGGUCAAGCACGUCGCCGUAUGCUGCCAGAUGCUGCCUACGGGUGGUCUCCCUACUACCCCUGUCGGAAAGAGGGCGAUCAAUCAUCAUACCGAACGGGAGCGCCAGGAUAGAGGAAGGGGCAGAGAUCACGAUUCUCAACUUCGCGACUGACCUUUUUCCGCCUGCAGAGCUUGGGCUGGCUUCGCAGGCUGAUGUUUACCUCAGGGCGUGCAGUCCCAUUUUGUGGGUUCGUCGAAUUCACACCUCGUUCCUCCACCCCCUCAUCAUAUCUGGCUGGCUACUUUGGGCAAGACGACCCCAACCCGAAGAUGGACACACCUCAUAA